AGCGCCCAAGACCGCCCCUCGCGCCCGGGCCGCUGCUGGAAGCCCCGAGCCAUGUCGAGCAAGUUCGCCAAGAGCUUCCAGAUCCCGCCGGAAUACCCAGACAUCCUCAAGGACUUCACCCGGGAGGUCCUCCGGAACCAGCCGUCCAACAUCAAUGAGUUUGCGGCGAAGUAUUUCGAUUGCUUGGCCAGCGGGCUGCCCGCAGACAUGGCCGACCGCGGCAAGGAGGCGGCUGCGAAGCAGGACGAGGCGCCGGACAUGUCCCUCGAGGAGGUCGAGAGCAUCAUCCUGGAGCUAUUCCAGAAGUACGACAAGGACUCGAAUCAGUAUCUGGACCCUGGCGAGUUCAAGAACCUCAUGGAGGACCUCCAGCAAAGGCUUGACUUCCCCAAGGAGGCGCCAGCGUCGCGGCUUCCUUCGAGAAGGGCGACUUCAGCAGCUCCGGGAAGAUCGAGCACGGGGCCGGCGUCUCCCGUUUCAGAGGAACCCGAGGAUCAGAUCUACCUGUUCCUCGCCGAGGCUGACAUGAACGCCGACGGCCAUGUCGAAUACCACGAGUUCAUUCCCUUGGCAUUGCAGAUCAUUCAGGCAUGAGUCUUGGCAGCGCUACUCUGCAUCCGGUUCUCACAACAGACGCCUCUGCAUCGGUCUAUGGGUUGUGUGAUGCAGG